AUGCAUAUUAAAGAGCAAAGACCUAUCAGUACAUCUUCUGUGCCAGAGUUUCUUCUACUGGAAUUCUCACAGAUUUGGGAGCUGAAAAUUCUGCAUUUUAUUGGAUUUUUUAUUGUUUACUUGGCAAUAGUGGCAGAAAAUUUUCUGAUAUUCUCUGCAAUUAUCUCCGACUAUCACUUAAAUACACCCAUGUACUUCUUUCUGAUGAACUUGGCCAUACAGGAUGUGGGACAAGUUUCUGUCAUUUUACCCAAAUCCAUGGCCAAUGCCCUCGUGAAUGCCAGAUACAUUUCCUAUUCUGGUUGUGUCGCUCAAAUCCUUUUGUAUGUCUUGUUUUUAUCAUCUGAUUUCUUUCUUCUAACAGUCAUGGCCUAUGAUCGAUAUGUUUCUAUUUGCAAUCCCUUACAAUAUGAGAUGGUGAUGAAUAGGAAUGCUUGCCUUCAAAUAGUCACCGCUGUAUGGGUUAUUAGUUUGUUCUUUGGAGGGUUACACACGGUAGGCACCUUUGCAUCCCCCUUUUGUUCCAACAUUGUCAAUCAGUUUUUUUGUGAAAUCCCACAUUUAAUAAAGCUUGCAUGCUCUGAUUUGUACCUGAUUGAAAUUGGAUUUAUUUUGCUAAGCUCUAUGGUUGUAGCAGGCUGCUUUGUUUUUAUUAUUAUGACCUAUGUGCAUAUCUUCAUUGCAGUAAUAAAAAUGCCUUCUGUGCAGAAAAAGCAAAAAGCUUUCUCAACAUGCAUCCUACAUCUCACAGUUUGCUCUGUAUUUCUGCUGACUGGUUCCUUGGCUUAUUUGAAGCCCACCUCAGAUUCCACAACACAACCUGAUCUGGCAGUGACUAUGAUAUAUUUCAUCGUCCCACCCUUAAUGAAUCCAGUAAUCUAUAGCAUGAGAAACAGAGAAAUAAGGAUUGCUCUGAUUAAACUGUUUGGUCAGAGAUAA